CGUUACGUUGCAAACUACUUCCUUCGGUCAAAGGACGCCAACAUGGCUGCCACCUUCUGUCGAUAACAUGUACCAUGUCUAUCUCAAUGUUAACUUUCAAAUGCUUUGAUUAACGGUUUCACAGAGCGAGUAAUAGUCUUCACCUGUAGCCACAUUUCGACGCUGCCAUGUUCCAGGUAAUCGGCGGGAGGAGCAUCCAGGUGGCCCGGCUCCUCGCACCCAGGAGCGCCGUGCUCGUGGAGGCUGUCCGGGGAAGAAAGUCCCGCACAGACCCGGUGGCCAAGUCUAAAGAGGGGCGAAUAAAAGUUCCUCCCCCGGUCGACCCGGUGGAGAUGGUCGUCCUCAAGGAGAGAUACACGGAGUACCAGAUGAUGAUGAGUGCGCUUCGGCUGGAGUUUAAGGAGGAGGUUCUUCGGAAGAAGUACGAGGAGGAGACGGGCUCCCUGGCGGAGGAGAGGGCGAGGCAGGAGGCGGAGGAGCAUCGCGCCCUCAUGGCCUUUAACAACCAGGAGAACCUCCGCAUGCUCAAACUCCGGAUUUUGAGGGUCCAGAAAGAAAAGGAGGAAGCUGAGCGCAAGCAGGUAGAAGCUGCUGUUCAGCGUGAACAAGAGCAGCAGGAAUCUAUCAAAGAAAAAGAAAGGGAAAUUUUAAAAUUGCAGGAGGAGGCAAAGAAUUUCAUCACAUUGGAGAACUUGGAUCAGCGUAUAGAAGAAGCUCUGGACAAUCCAAAGAAUUACAACUUUGCCAUCGACAAAGAAGGGAGAGUUGUUAAACAGACAAUGCUGCAGUAAAACAGCAGAGGGACCGGUUAUGUGUCUCAGAAAA